UCUCUCUCUCUCUCUUUCCCAGCCUGGGACGCUCUUUCUACAUGCUAGCCCAGAAACAGCCAGGUCUUCCACCAGCCUACUGACAGACAGAGUGCUAACCUUCAGACGAUUAUCUGUCCAUUCAGUUGCACCCAUCUCUCUUUUUUUGUUUGUUUCUCAGUGUGUCAAAGUGUGUUUGUGUGUGUGUGUGCUCUGUGGUUUUGCGUCUCUUUGGACCAUGUGUGAGUGUCUGCGUGGGAUAUUCAGAGUCACCUGGACGCCCUCUUCCGAUGCAGACUCUGACAGAGAAUUGGAAGAAAGUCAUGUAUUUACCCAGGCCAGAGAACCAGCCGUGAAAGACAAAAGGCAGUCUCCCCCUUCUGACAGGCCUCCCACCGCCCCCCACGCCAACCCUCACCACAGUGCCUCCCCAGAGGACCAGGAGAGCCCAGAGAGAGUGGUUCAGAAAGAGAAACUGCAUGCAGAGCUGAAAGAGGUGCUGAGUCUGAAGAGAAGACACCUGAAAGAGUCGUCUCGUUUGGCCCACGCAGAGAUGUAUUCCUCAACAGAGGUCCAAGCAGUGGAGGAGACUGCAUCUGAGGUGGUGGAGGUUGUGGUGGAGACAGAGGCUGAGGCUGGAGCCAGUGGCUACAGUGUCACAGGUGGAGGGGAGCGAGGCAUCUUCAUUAAGGACGUCCUUAAAGACUCCACUGCAGCAAAGCAUCUUAGCCUCCAGCAAGGAGAUCAGUUGCUCAGUGCAAGAGUCUACUUUGACAAUGUGAAGUAUGAGGAUGCCCUGAAGAUCUUGCAGUGUGCGGAGCCUUAUAAAGUCUCCUUUUUCCUGAAGAGGACCAUCGCCGGUGCUGAUGUCACCAUGCACCCUGGCGCCACCAGCUUGGAACUGAAAGGACCCAAAACCAAGAUGCAAAGAAUGAGUGUCAAGAGCAUCAAACCUUUCAAAGCGAAGAAAAAGAGGGGAGGACGUUUUGGAUUGAAAAGGCUGAAGGAAAACAAGAAAGGGAGCACUGGAGCAGAGUUGGAGAUGGAAGGAUCACCUUCCAAGGUGGAGCUCAACCCCGUCGAUGUGGAGUUUGCCUUCCCCAAGUUCAAGCUGAGGAAGGAUGGGAAGGCAGAGGGAACUGAGCAGCAUGGAGGAGUAGUCACCACUGGCAGAAAGAAGAGGAUGAUAAGGUGUCCCAGGAUGAAAGCAAAGGGUGCCGAGGCGGCUACAGGAGAAGUUGACGUGACGCAACCAGAGGGACAGGCAGAUGUCUCCCUGCCAGAUGUGCCUGGAGCUAAAGUCAAAGUCAAAGGAAAGGGCCACAGGUUCGGAAUUCAUUUCCCUAAAACAAAAAAGAUAACAUCGGACACUGCCAUGUCUGAAGGGUCUCUGGAGCUGAAACCUCCUGAUGUCAAAUUCACACCACCCUCAGUGGAAUUCAGUUUGCCAUCUGGAAACAAGGAAGUCAACCUACAGAAACCAGAAAUGAAACUCCAGGAGGGGUCAAAGUUUAUGCACCGAGAGGUAGAGCUUUCAUUAGGACUCCCCUCAGCCCGUCACUCUGAUGAAAUUGAUGGUGAGAUAAAAGCAAAAGGUUUAGCUGAAGGAGUUGAAGGGUCAACAGGUCUGUCUGGCAUUAAAAUGCCAGCUAUUGACAUCUCUGCACCCAACAUCGAUCUGCAGCUGGACACCCGGCGUAGAGUGCCAGACGAGAUAGAAGGACCCUUUUUUAAAGGGCCAAAUAUAUCCAUGCCAAAAACUGACAUCUCACUACCAAAGAUUGGAUCAUCUGAUAUGGAUAUUGAAGGUCCAGAAAAGGGUGGAAAAUGAGCCUACCAGCUGUUGACAUUUCACUGCCAAAGAUGACAUCAGGAGAAGCAAAUGUUGAUGUGGAAGGACACAUUGGAAAGGGAGGCAAGUUCAAAAUGCCAACUUUCGAUGUUUCUCUUCCAAAAUGCAAGUCUUCAGAGGAAGACAUGAAUAUAGAGGGGCCUGAAGUCAAAGGGGAGUUCAACAUGCCAAAAGUUGACCUUUUACGCCCAAAAGGUAAAGCAGGGGGUGAGGUGGACAUUGAAGGAUAUUUAGGAAAAGGAGGUACAUUUCAGAUGCCCACAUUUGACAAUUCUCUACCAAAAAUCAAGUCAUCAGACAGAGAAAUUAAUGUAGAAGGACCUGAAGUGAAGGGUGGCAAAAUUCAAAUGCCCUAUACUGACAUAUCUCUCCCUAAAGGAAAAACAGAGGGGAAAAUUAACAUUGAGGGACAUUCUGGAAAAGGAGGGAAGUUCAAAAUGCCCUCAUGUGAUGUUUCUCUUCCUAAAAUGAAGGGCAAUGCUAGUUUAGAGGGGCCUGAAUUGAAAGGGGGAAAGUUUGAAAUGCCCACACUUGAUAUUUCCCUUGCCAGAGGAAAAGCAGAGGGUGAAGUCAAUAUUGAUUCAAAUGUAGGAAAAGAAGGAAUGCUCAAAACGCCCACAAUUGAUAUUUCUCCUCCAAAAAUGAGGUCGUCAGGAACAGAAGUCGAUGUAGAAGGGCCUGAUGUAAAAGGAGGAAAGUUCCACAUGCCACAAGUAGACAUUUCACUUCCCAAAGGAAAAAGCGAAAUUGACAUUGAGGGAAAUUCUGGAAAAAGAGGGAAGUUUCAAAUGUCCUCAUUUGAUGUCUCACUUCCAAAAAUAAAGUCACCAGAGGGUGACAUGAAAAUAGAAGGAUCUGAUGUGAAAGGCAGCACAUUUCAUAUGCCCAUUAUAGAUUGUUCACUUCCAAAAGGAAAAACAGAAGGUGACAUCAGUGUUGGAGAUGCAUCUAAAGGUGGAAAGUUUCACAUGCCUUCACUUGAUAUUUCUCCUCCGAAAGUGGAGUUACCAGAGGGUAAAGCCAAAGUAAAAGGUCCUGAAAUCAAAGGGGGAAAGGUUGAGAUAACAAAUAUUGAUGUUUCCCUUCCAAAAGGCAUAACAGCGUUAACAGAAGUUAACAUUGAAGGCCAUGUCAGUAAAGGGGGAAAGUUUAAGAUGCCCAAAUUUGGCAUUUCUUUCCCGAAAUUUAAGUCACCAGAGGGUAAGGUCAACACAGAGGGACCUGAAGUCAAAGGAAGGAAGUUUCACAUUCCUACAAUUGACAUUUCACUACCAAAAGUAAAAGCGGAAGGUGACAUCAAAGUUGAAGGAGAUUCUGACAUUUCCCUUCCAAAAAUGAAGUCACCAGAAGCAGAUAUCCUUUUAGAAGGACCAGAAGUCAAAGGAGGAAAGUUUCAUAUGCCAACAAUUGACCUUUCCCUUCCAAAGGGAAAGGGAGAAAUCAGCCUAGAAGGCCCUGAAGUCAAAGGGGGGAACAUUAAUAUGCCAACGAUGAACAUUUCUCUUCCAAAAGGAAAAAUGGAAGGAGAGGCUAAGGAACAUGCAAUCAAAGGGGACAAAUUUCACAUGCCCUCAAUUGACAUUUCCCUUCCAAAAAUGAAGUUGCCUGAAGGUGAAGUUAAAGUAGAAGGCCCCGAAGCCAAAGGGGGAAAGAUUGAAAUGCCAUCGACUGAUAUUUCACUUCCCAAAGGUAAAAUGGAGGGAGAAAUUGACAUUGAAGGACAUUCUGGAAAAGGAGGACGAUUUCAUAUGCCUACAUUCAACGUUUCCCUUCCAAAAAGGAAGUCACUAGAAGAAUGUGUCAGUUUAGAAGGACCGGGUGUCAAAGGAGGGAAGUUUCAUAUGCCCACAAUGGACUAUUCCCUUCCCAAGGGAAAGGGUGAGAUUGAAACUGAAGGACAUUCUGGAAAAGGAGGCAAGUUCCAAAUGCCCAAGUCUGAUGUAUCGCUACCAAAAAUGAAGCUCCCAGAGGGUGACAUCAAACUAGAGGGACCAGAAGGCAAAGGCAGCAAAAUACAUAUGCCUAACAUUGACAUUUCUCUUCCCAAAGGGAAAACUGAAAGAGAUAUUGAGGUUGAGGGGCAUGGUGGCAAAGGGGGGAAGUUUCACAUGCCCUCAAUUGACAUUUCCCUUCCAAAAAUGAAGUUGCCUGAAGGUGAAGUCAAAGUAGAAGGCCCCGAAGCCAAAGGUGGAAAGACUGAAAUGCCAAAGAUUGAUAUUUCACUUCCAAAAGGAAAAACAGAAGGGGAAAUAGACAUUGAAGGACAUUUGGAGAAAAAAGGAAAGUUUCACAUGCCCACAUUGGAUAUGUCCUUACAAAAAUUGAAGUCAAAAGAUGGUGACAUUAAAUUAGAGGGUCCAGAAGUGAAAGGCAGUAAAAUACAUAUGCCUAACAUUGACAUUUCUCUUCCAGAGUUGAAGGCAGAAAGUGAUAUCGAGGUUGAGGGGCAUGGUGGUAAAGGGAGAAAGUUUCACAUGCCCUCACUUGACAUUUCUCUUCCAAAAAUGAAGUUACCUGAGGGUGAAGUCAAAGUAGAAGGCCCCAAAGCCAAAGGUGGAAGGUUUGAAAUUCCAACAAUUGAUAUUUCACUUCCAAAAGGAAAAGCAGAGGGAGAAACUGACAUAGAAGGACAUUCUGGAAAAGGAGGAAAGUUCCAAAUGCCCAAGUUUGAUGUAUCGCUACCAAAAAUGAAGCACCCAGAGGGUGACAUCAAACUAGAGGGACCGGAAGGCAAAGGCAGCAAAAUACAUAUGCCUAACAUUGACAUUUCUCUUCCCAAAGGGAAAGCUGAAAGAGAUAUUGAGGUUGAGGGGCAUGGUGGCAAAGGGGGGAAGUUUCACAUGCCCUCAAUUGACAUUUCCCUUCCAAAAAUGAAGUUGCCUGAAGGUGAAGUCAAAGUAGAAGGCCCCGAAGCCAAAGGUGGAAAGAUUGAAAUGCCAAAGAUUGAUAUUUCACUACCCAAAGGAAAAAUGGAGGGGGAAAUUGACAUUGAAGGAUAUUCUGGUAAAGGAGGACGAUUUCAUAUGCCAACAUUCAACGUUUCCCUUCCAAAAAUAAAGUCCCCAGAACCAGAUGUCAGUUUAGAAAGACCAGACCUCAAAGGAGAAAAGUUUGAUAUGCCAACAAUUGACUUUUCCCUUCCCAAGGGAAAGGGUGAGAUUGACACUGAAGGACAUUCUGGAAUAGGAGGCAAGUUCCAAAUGCCAGCGAUUGACAUUUCACUUUCAAAAGGAAAAACAGAAGGGGAAAUAGACAUUGAAGGACAUUCGGAGAAAAAAGGAAAGUUUCACAUGCCCACAUUCGACAUAUCAUUACCAAAAAUGAAGUCAAAAGAUGGUGACAUUAAAUUAGAGGGUCCAGAAGUGAAAGGCAGUAAAAUACAUAUGCCUAACAUUGACAUUUCUCUUCCAGAGGUGAAGGCAGAAAGUGAUAUUGAGGUUGAGGGGCAUGGUGGUAAAGGGAGAAAGUUUCACAUGCCCUCACUUGACAUUUCUCUUCCAAAAAUGAAGUUACCUGAGGGUGAAGUCAAAGUAGAAGGCCCCGAAGCCAAAGGUGGAAAGUUUGAAAUGCCAAAGAUUGAUAUUUCACUCCCAAAAGGAAAAGCAGAGGGAGAAACUGACAUAGAAGGACAUUCUGGAAAAGGAGGAAAGUUUCAAAUGCCCAAGUUUGAUGUGUCGCUACCAAAGAUGAAGCACCCAGAGUGUGAUGUCAAAGAAGGCCUUGAAGUCAAAGGUGGGAAGUUUGAAAUGCCCAAAAUUGAAGCAGAGGGUAGGAGUGGAGUCAAGUUACCAACUGUUAAACUGCCAACGGUAGACAUAUCUGCACCGAAGGUUGACUUAGACUUUGGGCUGUCAAAAGCUAAAGGAAAUGAUAGGGAAGAGAUGGAGCUACUAAAAGCAGAGGGUGGUAGGCCAUACUCUGGGGCAAGUUUUGACAUGCCAGAUGUCUCUCUCAAAAUGCCAAGAUUUUCUCUCCCUAAAUUUGGUAGGAAGUCUAGUGGAGAUGUAAACCUAGAAGGAUAUGGCACAGAGGAUGAUAUUGAUAUUAGCCCUCCACGAGUGGAUGGUGAGGGCAGACCAGCAUCAAUAGAAAUAGGUGGAGAUGGAAAAAUAAAAGGUAAACUAAAGAAGCCCAAAAUGAAAAUGCCAACUUUUGGAAUAUCUAAGAAAGAUGUAUCAAUAGCCAGCCCUGACGUGGAAAUAAAGACAAAAAAGGGGAAAGUUGACAUUCCAAAGCCAGGGAUCAGUGUAGAAAAUCCAGCAGACAAAACAAAUAGAAAAUAUAGACUAAAAUUCCCAAAGUUUAAGAAGUCAUCUCCUAAAGGUAAACUACCAGAGGGAGAGAUAGAUGCCUCAUUAGAUAGUAGAAUGGAAGGGGAAGGUGGCUUUCAUGCACCUGAUGUUACAAUCAAAAUGCCCAAGUUCUCCAUGCCAGGGUUUGGCUCAAAGGAGGCAGACUUUGACAGGAGUGGGCCCCGUGCUGAAGUAGAUGCCAAAGGAAAGGUCAAAAUGCCAUCAGUGGAGAUAUCCUUGCCAGCUGCCAAGACAUCUGAGCAAGAAAUGUUAAUCCCAGAUGUAUCUGAGGCUGACAUCAGUGGUUAUGAAGGAAACCUGAAAAUCCCUAAAAUGCCAACUAUUGAUGUAUCAGCCCCCCAUAUUGAUCUUGAUGUAACUCUGCCUAAAGUCAAGCACGAAACAAACAUUGACGGGGAGGGAGGCAAAUUUAAAAUGCCAAACAUCAAAAUGCCUGAUAUAGAUUUAUCACGUCCUAUAGGAAAAACUGGUGACAUUGAUGCAUCCAAAGUGAAAAUUGAGGGAGGGGGUGGAAGAUUCAAGAUGCCUGGCAUUAAAAUGCCAAAGGUAGACAUAUCACUUCCAAAAGUAAAACAUGGAGAAAUUGAUGUAUCCACGGUGGAAAUUGAAGGAGAAUGUGGAAAAUUCAAGAAGCCACAUAUGAAAAUGCCAAAUUUUGAUAUAUCACUUCCCAAAGGAAAAAGUGGAGGGAUUGAAGGGCCAAAGACGGAAAUUGAAGGAGGGGGCGGAAAUUUCCAAAUGCCACAUAUGAAAAUGCCAAAGGUAGACUUCUCACUUCCGAAGGGAAAUCAUGGAGACAUCAGUGCGCCCGAAAUGGAAAUGGAAGGAGAAGGUGGAAAAUUCAAGAUGCCAUAUAUGAAAAUGCCAAAUAUUGAUAUAUCACUUCCGAAAGGAAAAAGUGGAGACAUUGAAGGACCACAAAUGGAAAUUGAAGGAGGGGGUGGGAAAUGUAAGAUGCCACAUAUGAAAAUGCCAAAGGUAGACAUAUCACUUCCAAAAGGAAAAACUGGAGAUGUUACUGCACCUGUAUUGGACAUUGAGGGAGAAGGUGGAAAAUUCAAGAUGCCACAUAUGAAAAUGCCAAAUAUUGCUAUAUCACUUCCCAAAGGAAAAAGUGGAGGGAUUGAAGGACCGGACAUGGAAAUUCCGGGAGAGGGAGGAAAAUUCAAGAUGCCACAAAUUCAAAUGCCAAAGGUAGACUUAGCACUUCUUAAGGGAAAGUCUGACGACAUCAGUGCACCAGAAAUGGAAAUGGAAGGACGAAAAUUCAAGAUGCCACAUGUGAAAAUGCCAGAUGUUGAUAUAUCACUUCCAAAAGGAAAAAGUGUAGAAAUUGAAGGAUCAGGGAUGGAAAUUGAAGGAAGGGGUGGAAAAUGUAAGAUGCCACAUAUGAAAAUGCCAAAUGUUGAUAUAUCACUCCCAAAAGGAAAAGCUGGUGAUGUUAAUGAACCUAAUUUGGAAAUUGAGGGAGAUGGAGGAAAAUUCAAGAUGCCACAUAUGACAACACCAAAAAUUGGUAUAUCACUUCCAAAAGGAAAAACUGGAGACAUUGAAGGACCACAAAUGGAAAUUGAAGGAGGGGGUGGGAAAUUCAAGAUGCCACAUAUGAAAAUGCCAAAUGUUGAUAUAUCACUUCCAAAAGGAAAAACUGGAGACAUUGAAGGACCAGACUUGGAAAUUGAAAGAGGGGAUAGGAAAUUCAAGAUGCCACAUAUGAAAAUGCCAAAUGUUGACAUAUCACUUCCAAAAGGAAAAACUGUAGACAUUGAAGGACCAGACUUGGAAAUUGAAAGAGGAGAUAGAAAAUUCAAGAUGCCACAUAUGAAAAUGCCAAAUGUUGACAUAUCACUUCCAAAAGGAAAAAGUGUAGAAAUUGAAGGACCAGGGAUGGAAAUUGAAGGAGGGGGUGGAAAAAUUUAAGAUGCCACAUAUGAAAAUGCCAAAUGUUGAUAUAUCACUUCCAAAAGGAAAAACUGGAGACAUUGAAGGACCAGACUUGGAAAUUGAAAGAGGAGAUAGAAAAUUCAAGAUGCCACAUAUGAAAAUGCCAAAUGUUGACAUAUCACUUCCAAAAGGAAAAAGUGUAGAAAUUGAAGGACCAGGGAUGGAAAUUGAAGGAGGGGGUGGAAAAUUUAAGAUGCCACAUAUGAAAAUGCCAAAUGUUGAUAUAUCACUUCCAAAAGGAAAAAGUGUAGAAAUUGAAGGACCAGGGAUGGAAAUUGAAGGAGGGGGUGGAAAAUUUAAGAUGCCACAUAUGAAAAUGCCAAAUGUUGAUAUAUCACUUCCAAAAGGAAAAGCUGGUGAUGUUAAUGAACCUAAUUUGGAAAUUGAGGGAGAUGGAGGAAAAUACAAGAUGCCACAUAUGAAAAUGCCAAAGGUAGACGUAUCACUUACGAAGGGAAAGUCUGGAGAAAUUGAAGGACCAGAAAUUGAAAUUUGUGGAGAGGGAGGAAAAUUCAAGAUGCCACAUAUGACAACACCAAAUAUUGGUAUAUCACUUCCAAAAGGAAAAACUGGAGACAUUGAAGGACCAGAAAUGGAAAUUCAUGGAGAGGGAGGAAAAUUCACAAUGCCACAUAUUAAAAUGCCAAAUAUUGGUAUAUCACUUCCAAAAGGAAAAACUGGUGUUGUUCAUGAACCUAAUUUGGAAAUUGAGGGAAAUGGAGGAAAAUUCAAGAAGCCACAUAUGAAAAUGCCAAAGGUAGACUUAUCACUUCCGAAGGGAAAGUCUGGAGAAAUCAGUGCACCAGAAAUGGAAAUGGAAGGAGGAGGAAAAUUCACAAUGCCACAUAUUAAAAUGCCAAAUAUUGAUAUAUCACUUCCAAAAGGAAAAGCUGGUGAUGUUAAUGAACCUAAUUUGGAAAUUGAGGGCGAUGGAGGAAAAUACAAGAUGCCACAUAUGAAAAUGCCAAAGGUAGACGUAUCACUUACGAAGGGAAAGUCUGGAGAAAUUGAAGGACCAGAAAUUGAAAUUUGUGGAGAGGGAGGAAAAUUCAAGAUGCCACAUAUGACAACACCAAAUAUUGGUAUAUCACUUCCAAAAGGAAAAACUGGAGACAUUGAAGGACCAGAAAUGGAAAUUCAUGGAGAGGGAGGAAAAUUCACAAUGCCACAUAUUAAAAUGCCAAAUAUUGGUAUAUCACUUCCAAAAGGAAAAACUGGUGUUGUUCAUGAACCUAAUUUGGAAAUUGAGGGAAAUGGAGGAAAAUUCAAGAAGCCACAUAUGAAAAUGCCAAAGGUAGACUUAUCACUUCCGAAGGGAAAGUCUGGAGAAAUCAGUGCACCAGAAAUGGAAAUGGAAGGAGGAGGAAAAUUCAAGAUACCACAUAUGAAAAUGCCAAACAUUGAUAUAUCACUUCCCAAAGGAAAAACUGGAGAGAUUAAAGCACCAGACAUGGAAAUUCAGGCAGAGGGAGUAAAAUUCAAAAUGCCAAAGGUAGACAUAUCACUUCCAAAAGGAAAGUCUGGAGAAAUUAGAGCACCAGAAAUGGAAGUCGAAGGAGGAAAAUUCGAGAUGCCACAUAUGAAAAUGCCAAAGGUAGACAUAACACUUCCGAAAGGAAAGUCUGGAGACAUUAGAGCACCAGAAAUGGAAGUCAAAGGAGGAAAAUUCGAGAUGCCACAUAUGAAAAUGCCAAACCUAGACAUAUCACUUCCGAAAGGAAAGUCUGGAGAAAUUAGAGCACCAGAAAUGGAAGUCGAAGGAGGAAAAUUCGAGAUGCCACAUAUGAAAAUGCCAAAGGUAGACAUAUCACUUCCGAAAGGAAAAACUGGAGAUGUUAAUGCACCUGAAUUGGAAAUUGAAGGUGAGGGUGGAAGAUAUAAGAUGCCAGAAAUCAAACUGCCAAAGAUAGAUAUUACAUUGCCAAAGGGAAAAUCUGCUGACAUUGAUGCUGAAAUCAAACAUCCCAACGCUGAGGCAGAAGGAAAGAUUCAAAUGCCUUCGAUUGGUUUACCAAAGUUUACAACUCCCAACCUUGAUUUGGACAUGAAUGUUGGAAAACCCAACCAUGGAGAUGAGGUUCAUGAGACAAGUUCAGACAAAACUGGUUCACAUUCAAAGGGAGACCAUAAGAUGAAAAUCAAAAUGCCAACAAUAGACAUAGAGUGCCCAAAAGGAGAUCUGGAGCUGGAUAUAGGCUUCCACAAAGUUGAGGGAAAGAAAGACAGAAAAAGAAUAGAGUUGCCUGACUUAGACCUUAAAACUUCUGGUACCAAAGUUAAGGGGCCAAAAGUCAAAGGCACCAAAUUCAAAAUUGGAAUGCCAAAAAUGAAGAACACUGGAGAUCAAGCAUUAGAUACAGCCACAAAGAAGACUGAGAAAGAGAAUGAAGGGGUCAGUGGUAGAUUUAUGAUUAAGAAGACAAAGCUUGGAAAAGGUGCAGAUGUGGAGGCAGAUGCGGAGGCAGAUGCGGAGGCAGGUGGUUCUGUGUUGCCAAACAUCUUCCUCCCAGAUGUGGGCUUCUCAGUAUCCAAAGGAGACAGCCAAGAGGGUGAACCUCAUGGUCCAGAGAUUAGUGCCAAAUUGCCAAAAUUCAAACUCCCUAAUGUGGAGAUCUCAGGUCCUUCAGUAACAGGCCAAGGAGGAGCACAGAUCAACAGCGGACAACAAGAAGACAAACGUGGUAUCGAGUUUCAAAUGCCUGUGGGGCUGAAGAGUAAACAAGGCUCUGCCGAGCCCACUGGCACAGAUGCCAGCACCGACAAUGGAUUCACAUUACCUCAUCUUGGAAUCAAAUCCCACAAAAUACCAGAUAUAGACAUUGAUAUUGGAGCAUCUCAAACUGGGGACCAUGGGGCAGAUACAAGUACAAGACAAAAAAUCAAAAUACCCAAGUUCGGGGUGGCUUUACCUGCUAUUUCUUCACCUGAAGCUAGAGUACAUUUGAAGGACCCAGAGGUUGAGUGUGAAGGCCCUAAAAUGCCCAAAGUUAAAAAAGCUGUAUUUGUUUUGGUGAAUCCCCAAACAGACCACUCCACUAUGUCCACCAGUGUAGAGUCUGGAGAGGCAAAAAUCAAAAUGCCAAAGAUCAAAAUGAAGCCAUCGUUUGGAAAGUCAGGAUCCAAGGAAAACAGUGCUGCUUUGAGCAUUGAAGGAGAUGUGGAUGGAGAUGACAAGUCAAAGGGAGCAAAGCUAAAACUGCCCAAAGUUACCUUCUCUCCAGGCAAAACAGGUUCAUUUGAUGUAACCCUAAAAGGUGAGGGGUCUAGUUCCAGCCUCAAUGGUGAGAAAGAUCCAACAUUCCAGAAUGGAUCCAAGGAGGAUAAAGCUAAGUUAGGGAAGCUCAAGCUUCCAAAGAUAGAGUUCUCCUCACCAUAUUCAAAAAUAGGCAGUGGAGAAGAGGACCUUGAAAUGAGUGCUAAGCUUGUCAAUGAGUCCUCAGGAACUGACGGAGAAACCAAGGGGAUGAAAGUGAAAUCAGGCAAAAUGUCCUUCCCGGGAUUUAAGAAGAAGACAGCAAAAGGAGAGGAGGAAACUCAAGACAAUGUGGUGUCCUCAUCGGCCAGGACAGAAAUGCUAGAUCGGGAUAGUUCAGAAUCACAAACGCCCGUGGUCUCCAUUGGCUUUGUACCAGGGAAGUCUAGGGGGCAGGUAGAGGCUGAGAGCAGCAAAAAGGAGAUGGAAGAAGGAGAGCAGUCGACCUGGUUCAAGGCCCCCAAAUUCAACCUGAAACCCCACUCAACAGGAAUCCUCCACAUAACACCAGAAGGUUCUCCCCAGGGCAGCAGAUCCUCGCUCCAGUGCCAGGGUUUAGAUGAAACUGCUGGUACCUUCCGGCUCCAGAUGCCAAGCAUGCAGUUCUCCACCCAGGAGGUGUCUGAGGAGAAUGUUACCACAACAAAGGAGGGAACAGUAACCGUGGUGACAAAGACAACAAAACAUACGGUAACAGAGUCCAGAACUGGUCAAACCCACACAUCGCUAUCCCAUUGUAAUUACUGAAGUCCGAAGAGAUGUGAGAGUAAUAUAUUUUUCCUCUGUCCUGUUGUGAUGACUGUUUUUGUAACUGUUCCUCCGCGUUUUUUUUCUAUUUUAGUCUUCAUCAUAUUUGAUGGUUUUACUGGUUUAAAUCUGAAUAUCAAUUAAUUAUGUAUUGUUGUUCAUAUAUUUUUGGGGGCAAAAAUACCACACAUUUUAAUAUGCCUUCCCAUUUUAUUUACCGACAUUUACUUGGGCAUGAUUGUAGAAUUAGACUGACAAAGAACACAAACCAAUUUAUCAAAAGCAAUUUGUAUGUAAAUACAAAAACAUGUAAUUAUUUUCAUAUUACCGAUGAUAGGAAUAGUAUCAAGGACAUUAGUGAUUUGUGUUAAUGUAUCUGAGGCUUGAGGAUGGUGUGAGAUUUGUGGUUUAAUUAUUUACUUUCUUAAGCUUGUUUUUUCUUUCUGAUAUAUUAAGAUUUUUGUAACUAUACCAUACAUUGAAAUGUAAGAUUAAAGGCUUCUACAGUGUAAUACAUUUCAACACUCUCUAUGAGAAUCAAGAUAAGUAGACAAAACCUAAAAUAAUAGGAAAAUAUCAUCUGAUAUUAAGGUUAAUGGUUUAAAGAAACAGAUCAUGUACUCUCUUUAAUUGAAAUAUUUCAAAAUGAAUGCAAAACCUCUCAGAUAAAACAAUGUCUCAAUGUCUCCAUUGAGACAAUUUAUUGUUCCUUUUCUUUUUUGGUGAGUUAGAAAGUAGAAAUUCAAUGUGUGUGCUAAACUGCAUUGGAAGAGUCUCAGCAAUCCUCUGUCAAACAAGUUUACAAGUUUUCAUUAACCAGACUUAACACCUGUUGGGGCAAAUAACCAUAUAGAAAUAACCAUAUAGAAUGGUACAUGACAAGGAGAGAACAUGUUCAUGACCAGAUAACACAGUAUUUAUAUGUAUAGAGAGAUUUUUACAAAUACCUUUGUGAUUAGCAUGUUUUCAGUGCAUAUGGCUUUACAAUAAGCAGUUUUCAAAGCAAAGUGUUAUCAAGUGGCAUUAUAAAUAAUGUUGUUAAGAGAUCAUAUUAUUAAUAAACCUUAAUAUUCCUAAGAAAAAUAAAAAA